UGUGAAUACUGUACGUAUACCAUGGUGAAUACAGACUUGAGCUUCCGGAAAAAGUACUCUCGCGUCAAAAAUCGAAACUUGACCGUUAGAAGUACACACCUCAAAGUUCUGUCCUAAAGUUUAAUUUCUUCUGCUAGGAGAGUAAAAUUGAAGCAUUGUAAUAACCACUAAAUAAUAUGGCAGGAGCUGGUGCAGAGAAAAAUUUAGCCGAGGAAAUGGAGAAUGCAUUUAAGGGUUGUUUAUCUAACCUCGUUGGUCAAGAACAUUUCAACAUUGUUGAUAACAUGGAAGUUAAAACAGGUGUUGAACAAGCUGUAAACAAAUUUUUAGAAGUUGCCAAGGAGACAGAAACAUACUUCCUUCAGAAACGUUUGUUGCUUUCAAAUAGCCACCCAAACCAAUUAGUAAGAGAGGAAUGUGAGGAGUUGCAGAACGAGCUAAGGCGCAAAGAUUUGCUAAUACAGAAACAGAUGAGAAGGCUGCAGGACUGGCAAAGAGUCUUCCAGUCUUCUGAGGCGAACGCUCCUCCCCCUCCACCACCCCAACAACAGAUGCAACAGCAAAUGUCACAGAUACCCAGAGCGCAGUUCAUGGCCAACCCUAGCCAUGGCAACUUCCAAAACCAAGCACAUCAAAGCCCAUUAGCACAUCUAGCCCAGGCUGCUUCAAAUAUAGGAGGUGGGUUUGAGAGGUGAUGUUGCUAGGACAACAGCUGAAACAUGGAUUGUUUUGUACAGAAACCAAUCUCUGGCAAAUGAUAAAAGUAGAGGACAAUGGACUGUUUCGCUAAGCUCUGCCCCUUGGAUAUUGUUGCCAAAUUCCCAUGCUACAACAACCUAAACCACAGGUGGGCAAAAUGCGGCUAGACAGCUAUUUUUGUGCGGCUAGGCAUUGGCUAGAAAACACCUUGUGUUUUACGGCCCGACACCGAUCAUAUGUAAAAAAUAACAUUAAAGCUGAAAAUAAAGUGGUGUAAAAGCAGUGCCUGGAGAUUUUUCGAAGCACACUGGAAACAUCAAAGUUUGGGUGCGGCCCUUGGUGUUAAUUAAAAAUUCGCUUCGGCCCUCCGACCGAUUUUUAUGCCCAUCCCUGGCCUAAACUAAUAAACAUUUGCAUUUGUGGGACAAGCACAUAUUCUGGUGAUGAUCUGAUUGGUUAAUGUAGUUGUUACAUUUGAUUGACAUUCCAUCCAUUCUAACCAUUGAAGUUCCUAUGCAUUGAAUGUGUGUCAACCGCAUUAUUCAUGCCAUUUUCUAAUGCACUACUGUACAGUAUACAAACAUAAGGUUUUUUUAAUUUAAAAAACAAACCUGUAUACUAUUUUCAUUUGUUCUUGAAAUAAUAAUUACUGUAUGUUAUUUCUUUCUUUAUUGAUUUUUACAUGCCCAUCAGUGAUAUUCAAAAACUGAUUCACGACCAGAUUUACAAUUAGACGCUUAAAUAUUGUCAUAAAAUCUUUCUAUAAUGCUUAAGGAAGCUCCGGUCUAUGUACUUGGUGACACCUUACAAGUGUUCAUAUAAAUUGCAUACACCUUUCUUUUACUGGGUAAGCUGGAAAGAACAAUUCAACCUCUUCCAUUUCUCCAGAUGAUGUUUUGUAUAGUAUACCUCUUGCACCACAAUCUGUUGCAUUCUCUCGGAAAAUCCUAGGGUGGGUAAAAAUGUCUGAAUUAUGUUGCUUUCAUUGGACAAAAUUUUAUAUUUUGCAUUUUCUCAAGAUAGGCCUGCCUUUGAACAUAAUCAGUGUUACUUGAACAGGAAGUGAACCCAUGCUGUAAAAAUAUUGUUUGGAAUCAUUUAAUGUACUAUUUUCAAAUACUGUCAUGCAUAGAAUGUCAUCUAUGAAUAUUGGAUGCACUGUUGUUCACAGUACAACAUGGAGAAAAAAAUAAAGUACUCAAAAAUUGUA